AUGGCUCUUGAGACUGAGCUUGAUCCUUUCACUCAUUCGCUGCCUCACGCUAGGCAUGCAAGGGGUGCUUUUCUGCAUGUUGUAGCUUCCUUCGCUCCCAUGUUGGAGAGGGAUGCCUUAUCAAAUGACAGUGCAUGCACGAUAGAAACCAGUCUGACAAAGCUGUUCGAGGUCGCAAAGUCCACGACCUUGCCGGCGGAUUUAUCAUCUUUCCGGCGAUUCAGGCAACGAUUUCCUUCGAGUGAGUAUGAAGGUGCAGUAAAAGAAGAUGGAAGAGGACCAAGCAUAUGGGAUACCUACACCCACAAACAUCCAGAAAAAAUCGCUGAUGGCGGUAACGAAGACGUUGCUAUAGAUCAAUAUCACCGCUAUAAGGAAGAUGUGGGGAUUAUGAAGGAUAUGGAGUUGGAUGCUUACAGAUUCUCUAUUUCAUGGUCCAGAAUAUUACCAAAUGGAGCGUUAAGUGGUGGCGUUAACAUGAAAGGAAUUGAUUAUUACAACAAUCUCAUCAAUGAACUCCUACGCAAUGGUUUAAAGCCGUUUGUAACACUCUUUCAUUGGGAUGUUCCCCAAGCUUUAGAAGAUGAAUAUGGUGGUUUCUUAAGCCCUCGUAUUGUGUAA